CCUCCUCCUGCGAUUGGUCGUCACUUCAAUCUCCUCUGGUGUUUUCAACAUGUCCGAGCGCCCUGUGUCUGCGGGGCCCCUGGGGGCCACUGUCAUCGCGGCACCAGGGGGUUCCGCGGUAGGCGGCGAGGUACCUGUUAGUAGCCCCGCCCCGGCCACAGGAGGUCCUGUCCGCAUGAAUUUAUAUGCUACCUGGGAGACAGACAGAGGCAGUUCAUCUUGCGUACCCAGGUUGUUUUCUUUGACUUUGCAGAAACUUGUUAUGCUGAAGGACCUGGAUAAAGACUUGCCCUCUGUUGUUAUUGCUGUUAAACUUCAGGGAUCAAAACGUAUUCUGCGUUCCAACGAGAUCUCUCUACCAAGUAGUGGGGUUUCAGAGACUGAACUACAGCUAACAUUCUCACUGCAGUAUCCACACUUCCUAAAGAGAAAUGCGAAUCGCCUGCAGAUCAUGUUGCAGAGACGCAAGAGGUACAAGAACCGAACAAUACUGGGUUAUAAGAGUCUGGCUGUUGGAGUUAUAAAUAUGGCAGAGGUUUUGCAGUUUCCCAGUGAGAGCGGUCUUGUGUUGUCUCUUCAUAGCCAUGCCAAGGAUGUUUCCUUCCCUGUUGCAGAGAUAAACGUCCACUCUCUUUCAAGCCAACCAAUUGAUCAUGAAGGACCGAAAGCCAAGCUGUUUGAUCGUUCCCCAGAUAUUGAAAAUUAUUCAGAAGAUGAAGAUGAAAGUUUCUCCUCAGAGCAAGAAGGUAGUGAUGACCCACUCCAUGGCCAGGACUUUUUUUAUGAAGAUGACGAUGUCCGGAAGGUGAAGAAAUCACGAAGGAAAAUCCAAGCCUCGUCAGCCAUAACUAGACAGCCAAACAUAAAGCAGAAGCUUAAGUCCCUCUUAAACAGGUUCAAAGUUUCAGAAGAGGUUGGGUUUGGUUUGGAUCAUGUAUCUCGUGAUGAGAUUAGGGAAGAAGAUCUUGAUGAUUUAUAUGAUAGCCUGGAGAUGUUUAACCCAAGUGACAGUUGUCCAGAGUUAGAAGAAAGUGAGAGUGUCCUCAGCACCCCGAAACCAAAACUGAGACCAUUCUUUGAGGGGGUUUCGCAGUCCAGUUCCCAGACUGAAAUUGGAAGUCUAAACAGUAAAGGAAGCCAAGGAAGAGACAUCAACAGUCCAGGGGACCUUUCAGUUGAAGUAAAAAUGACUCGUCGGGAAGAGUCAAUGGAUACCGAAAGUCAGGAUGUCUCUUUGGAUAUCUCACAAGAUGUAGACACACUUUCUGAAACACUCACCUUUACUGUCCCUGAAAAGUCUAAAUCUGUGAAGAGCCCAAGCUUGACACCUCAAAGCAAAAGAAGUGUUUCUGUAAAAGAGAAACCCCCCAACAAAGUACUCUCAGAGAGAGCUCAAAGUACAGAGAGUGAGAGAGGGACAGAAAUGGGGCAGAGCAUACAGGUUCCCCGGAAGGUGUUACUUGAUCAGUUAAACCAAAAUCUCUCAGAUCCAUCUCUUCCAGAAACCAUUAUUAUAGUGCAGACAUUAGACUGGCAGGGUCAGUAUGUCUCAAGCCUGUUUCAGCAGCAGCAGAAGCCAUGUGUAUGUAUAACAUGUUCGUCAGAUGUACAGUGUGCUUUGACUGCAAUACUUACUCGAAUACAGAGACAUUGUCACAUGGCACCUGGUCCUCCAAAACCUUUAAAGGUGGUGUGUGUUGGAGGUCACACUUUCCUAAGUUUCCUGCUUGGAGCAUAUGUCACAAACCUGGCAUCAAGAGCUUCUGAUUGGUUGGGUUAUUUGCGCUUCCUGUUGGUGCCACUAGGAUCACAUCCUGUUUGUAAAUAUCUUUCUUCCCUGGAUUCUCGUUAUGCUUCUCUGUUUUUCGAUGCUGCUUGGAGGGAGCUGUUCAACAAAUCUGAACCUCCAGCUAUAGAGCCUUUUGAUAUCUUUGGUCGUAUAAUGCAGUAUGUGAGUGGAGCCACCGGCUGCCAUCAGCUACCAAUUGCAGAAGCCAUGUUAACCUGCAAACACAAACUGCAGGAAGAUGAUUCCUAUCAGAAGUUUAUCCCAUUUGUUGGAGUGGUGAAAGUCGGACUGGUGGAGACGUCCCCCCCAAACACUGAUGCUGAAGAUUCAAUUUCUAUCGCUGUUGGAUUGCCAUCUACUUCUCCUCCCUCUUCAUCUGGGAUUCCUCGUGAUACUUCUGCUACACCUCCAUCCUCUCCAUCACUCGGUGCUGCGUUACAGGGAAUCACAGGGACCACACCAGAUGCUUUAGGAUUGCAGGUUGAUUACUGGCUAACUUGUGACCGGAGAAAAGAGAGAGAGGGAGGAGGGAAAAACACUCUGCGCAGUAUUUUCCGUUCUGUGGUUGUAUCACGCUUGCCUGGACCAGACACCCCACUUGGAAGCAUGAGUCUAAGUGUGGUGACUACGGAGCCAAAAAAUAAGAAAGUGCCAACAAUUUUCCUUAGCAAGAAGCCAAAAGAAAAAGAACCUGAUGCCAAAACUCAAAUAAUUGAAGGAAUCACAAGACUAAUCUGCUCAGCCCGACAACAGCAAGUCAUGCUAAGAGUGACGGUUGAUGGUCGCCUCUUUGGAGAUGUGAAGUUUUUCCAGGUGGCAUCUCAAUGGCCAACUCAUGUCAAAUAUUUUCCGAUCGGUAUUUUCAGUUCAGCUGGAAAACCCUAGUGUAAAUGUAUAGGCAUAUACGUACAGCAUACACUUUUUAAACGUAAAUUUGUUACCCUCAUGAACUGUGACACUGUAUUAUUGGUCGAUAUUUGUUGAUACCACUUUCAUAAUCCAUUGUUCCGAGUCAAAGGGUUUCUCUUAAUGGGGUUGUAAAGGUUCAUUUUCUAAAGAGGUUCCUUUAAGCUAGUGCAUUGUUGGUUCACUUACCUUU